AUGGACGACAACCCCUCCGCAAGGCCCGGCGUGACUUUUCACAACCUCAACGUGUUUGGACUCAGCUCAGUGGACGAGUACCAACACACUGCAGCCUCGUACCUGCUCGCAGUUCCCAAGAGCAUUGCACGUCUUUUCCGACGGCGAGAUACCACCAGGGCACAUAUUUUGCACGACUUCUCCGGCAAAGUGCAGCAUGGGGGGAUGAUACUAGUGCUGGGGAGGCCUGGAAGUGGAUGCUCUACCUUUCUAAAAGUAUUAGCUGGCGAGCUACCUGGGCUGCAUGUUGCCGCAUGGUCGAGAGUUCUAUGCGAUGGAUUCCCUCACACCCGAGGCGGUUUAGAAGGGAACGCCAUCUAUCUCUCAGAGCUCGACGUGCAUUUUCCGGAAUUAACCCUGGGGCAGACGUUGACAUUCGCUGCGGCUACCCAGGGAACAAGAUCGAGCAUGAGUUCAGACGCACGCGAAGUUGGGCGCGAGGUGGCUGCGAAAUUCAACCUAAACGCCGCGUACAAUUCUCCCAUCGGUAAUGCCAUGAUAAGAGGCCUUAGCGGCGGGGAAAAGCGUCGCACGAGCAUCGCUGAAGUUUUCAUCAGUGAGAGUCGGCUCCAGUGCUGGGAUAAUAGCACACGGGGAUUAGAUAGCUCAACAGCACUUUCCUUCGUUCAGCUGCUGAGGAGUUGCACGAUCAAUACGCAGGCAGCAGUUAUGAUGAGCAUUUAUCAGGCGUCCAAUGCUAUAUACGAGAAUUUCGACAAGGUUAUGCUAUUGCACGAAGGCUAUCAGAUCUAUUUUGGCCCAACCGAGCUCGCGGUAGGAUAUUUCUUUGACUUGGGCUUUGAGAAACCGGCUCGUGCCACGACGGCUGAUUUUCUCACGUCCGUCACCCACCCAGCUGAACGCCGCAUACGUGAAGGGUAUGAAGAUCGUGUGCCCCGCGACAUGGCGAAAGCGCUUCUGGAACAAAUCACCAGCGCCGAAGAAACUGGUCAGCAUGGUCAGCGAAGGCAUGAUACCGCAGAGCCACAGUCGCAAAAUAAUGCGUACAAGAUACCGAUUCGCUCCCAGAUCGGUCUGUGCAUACAACUGGGAUGCCAAAGGCUGCGGAAUCAUUAUGUCCCACCGCUUGCAGCGAUCAUCGGAAACACAAUCAUAGCCAUAGUAAUUGGCAGUGUCUACUACGACCUUCCCGAAGGCACAGAUGGCAUGGAUAAGCGAGCUGUCCUCCUUUUCUUUUCACUCAUGAUCAACGCGUAUGCGCCAGCGUUUGACGUCCUCGCAAUGUGGGCGCAACGACCCAUCGUCGAGAAACGCCAUCGAUACGCCUUCUACCGACCAUUUACCGACAGUAUCGCUUCCAUAAUAUGCGACCUCCCAACUAAGCUAGCGACCGCGAUCAUGUUCAACGUCCCUCUGUACUUCAUGACCAACCUGCGGAGAUCUGCCGGCGCUUUAUUUACCUACUUGGUGUUUCUGAUCGCUACAAUAUUGACCAUGUCGAUGUUUUUCCGCACGGUGGGGUCGCUUUCCAAAACAGUGGAGCAGUCAAUGGUUCCUAGCUCGAUGGUUAUUCUGAUCUUCAGUGCAUAUACAGGCUACAUUAUUCCUGCCAAAGACAUGGUGCCCUGGCUGGCUUGGCUACGACGACUGAACCCAAUCGCUUUCGCCUACGAAAGUUUGAUGAUCAAUGAGUUUGCCAAUCGGAGAUUUCCCUGUGCGCGCAUUAUCCCAUUCGGAGUCGGCUACAGCGAGGGCGAUAUGAACGGCAAGAUCUGCGCAGUGAUUGGAGCGGUGCCGGGUCAGAUCGACAUCAAUGGCUCCGCUUACAUCGCUAGGAUAUAUAGUUACCAUGCAGCCCACCUGUGGAGAAACUUGGGAAUAAUACUGGCGAUGCUUAUAAUAUUCUGCGGAAUCCAUCUCGUUGCCACUGAAUACAUUCCAGCGCAAUGCUCGCGUGGAGAAGUCCUUCUGUAUCAGAGAGGAAGGAAAACGCACACGAAACUAGAAAACGAUGCAGAGGCCGGGUAUUCAGAUUCUCCGCAAGAUACAGCCACCGAGAUGGUGGAUGUCGACGGAAAAGAAGACGGCUGCGUUACUAGUACCCGAUCACAGCUGCAGGAACGCCGAGCUGUUUUCCACUGGAGCAGAGUCGACUACUCGAUCCAGAUUAAGAAGAAUACACGGAAAAUUCUGCAGAACGUUGAAGGAUGGGUUCGCCCGGGAAGUCUAACAGCCUUGAUGGGAGUGACUGGAGCAGGUAAGACCAGUCUUCUCGAUUCCCUGGCCUAUCGCACUAUGGUAGGAGAAGUGAAAGGAGACAUAUAUCUCGGAAGCGAGGUACCAGACGCCAACUUCCAGCGAAAGGUUGGCUAUGUGCAACAGGAGGAUAUACAUGUCCCGACAACAACGGUCCGCGAAGCACUAGAAUUUAGUGCUAGACUACGACGGCCGGACAAUGGGCCGGACGACAUUCGGCGUAUUCUUGAGCUGUUGGAGAUGACGUCAUAUGUUGAUGCAGUAGUUGGUGUUCCUGGCGAAGUAGAAAUGGUGGCGAAGCUACAAUUGCUACUCUUCUUAGACGAGGCAACGUCUGGACUUGAUAGUCAGACGGCGUGGUCGAUAUGCAUGUUGCUUCGCAAGCUGGCAAACAGUGGCCAAGCUAUCCUCAUCACCAUUCACCAGCCAUCUUCUCAACUCUUUGAGCUCUUUGACCGACUUCUGCUCCUGGAUCAUCUUGGAAGAGUCGCAUACUUUGGAGACAUUGGAAACGAUGCAUCGACCGUGAUUGAGUACUUCGAGCGCGACGGCUCCGUCAAAUGCGAUGGCUACAAAAACCCCGCAGAGUGGAUUUUAAACGUGACCAGCAAUGCUAAGGAUGCUGGAAGCGCUUCACGUGAUCGGGCGACCGCGUGGAACGAAAAAUGGGCUCAGAGCACCGAAAGACAAGACGUACUGCGUCAGAUAGCCGCAUUCAAGCAAUCACCAGCAGGAAGCAAAAACGUCAGUGCCUUGUCGCAUGAGCGUCAGUACGCCGCGUCCUUUACGACUCAAUUCCGCGUAGCGACACGACGAGUAUUCCAAGAAUAUUGGCGUGAUCCAGUUUACCUGUAUUGCAAAGGAGCCUUAUGUGCGGUUACUGUGAGCAAAACAUUUGCCCCAUGGAAAGCCUACACUGACAUGAUGCAGGCCUUGUUGAAUGUGAUUCCCCGUCUCAUAGCCGGACGGUCGCUCUUUGAAGCUCGAGAGCGAAGAUCCAAGUCGUACUCGUGGACCGUCUUCAUUGCAGCCAACGUACUGGUUGAGCUGUUCUGGCAAACGAUUGCUUCUGUCCUGUUCUUCUGGCUGUCCCUAGUAUUCUGUGGAGUCCUAGUACCCUCGAAGGAUCUGCCACAGUUCUGGCACUUUGUGUAUAGAGCAUCUCCGCUGACGUACUUCAUCGACGGCACGGUAGUCGCAGGCCUUGCAAAUACCGCGAUCAGGUGCUCAGAUGUUGAAAUGCUGCACAUCAGCCCUCCUACCGGAAGAACUUGUGGAGAUUACUUGAACCGUUGGAUCGAUAUGGCUGGUGGAUACGUGGAAAAUCCGGCUGCAACUCAUGACUGCGAGUAUUGUCAAGUAUCUGAUACCAAUAUUUUGCUUAGCAACAUUGGGAUUAGCACGGGAGAUCGAUGGCAUAAUUUUGCCUAUUUGACGGGAGAGGCGAUCGAGGUCAUCGCCCUAGAUUUCAAGAAUCCUGUUGGAAGAGUUGGAAGAAUAUACACUAAUCAGACUGUUGAAUGCUGA